CAUGUCUGUAUUGCCUCCAGCAUAAUAGCGCUGCUGCCGCUGCUGCUGCUGCGGAUCCUCCGGGGAGCAUUCAGAGGGGGACGGCGGUGUUUCUGUCAGCAUGCCGGCAGAUAAAUCUCCUCUCCAGCUCUCUUUUACUCUUUGUAUCUGAGAGAAAACUCCUGCUGGAGGACAAACAUUCAACCCGAGGAGGAGGAGGUGACAUGCCCUUCACUGCUUGGCGCAGUCUGUGCGUUGCUCGCUGUCAGACGGGGACGAGGUAGAGACCGGAAUGGUGCAUUUGAAUCCUUCGUUCUAACACCGAGGAGGACUGGCUUGGUUUUUCUGUGCUGAGUGUUUUUAUUUAAGGGAAUUACUACAUUUAAUGCCCGAUCGUAGAACUACGAGGAAAUGCAGAACGGGCGGUGUUUGGCUGCAGGUGGAUGGCCAACCUGACAGUCCCAGGCGCCGCUUCCCUCCCCUGCAGCUCUGGCUCCAUCCGGAACUAUAGAACCACACACACAGAACCAUAUCAGACUAUUUAACCCGAGCCAUGCUUCCUGGGGUCGGCGUGUUCGGCACCAGCCUGACCGCCCGGGUGAUCAUCCCGCUGCUGAAGAAUGAAGGCUUCGCCGUCAAAGCGCUGUGGGGCCGGACGCAGGAGGAGGCGGAGGAGCUGGCCAAGGAGAUGAAUGUGCCGUUUUACACCAACCGGAUCGACGACGUGCUGCUGCAUCAGGAUGUGGAUCUGGUCUGCAUCAACCUGCCGCCGCCUCUUACUCGCCAGAUCGCAGUCAAAACACUGGGUAUUGGAAAGAACGUCAUCUGUGACCGGACAGCAACGCCUCUGGAUGCCUUUAGGAUGAUGUCAGCGGCCCAGUACUACCCAAAGCUGCUGAGCAUUAUGGGAAAUGUGCUACGUUUCUUGCCGGCUUUCGUAAGAAUGAAGGAGCUGUUGGAGGAGGGGUACAUCGGGGAGCUUCUGGUCUGUGAGGCCCAGGUCCAUAGUGGAAGUCUCCUGGGGAAGAAGUACAACUGGAGCUGCGACGACCUGAUGGGAGGAGGCGGUCUUCAUUCGGUGGGCAGCUACAUAAUCGACCUGCUCACAUUUCUGACAGGUCAGCGUGCAAUUAAAGUCCACGGCUUCCUAAAGACCUUCGUCAAACAGACGGAUCACAUCCGAGGAAUCCGUCAGAUCACCAGUGACGACUUCUGCACCUUCCAGAUGGUGCUGGAGGGCGGUGCCUGCUGCACAGUCACACUCAACUUCAACGUGCCCGGAGAGUUUCGGCAGGAGGUGAUCGUCGUGGGGACUGCGGGGAGGUUAACGGUCAUGGGGACGGACCUGUAUGGACAGAAGAACAGCGGGGGCGGAGGAAGCGGUGGGGGUCCUGAACUCCUUCUCAAAGACACCACGCCUCUUGAGAACGCUUCCCUACCGGAGAAAGCCUUCAGUGACAUUCCCUCCCCCUAUCUGACUGGGACGAUUCGUAUGAUCCAGGCUGUGCGGCAAGCCUUUCACGACCAGGACGACAGGCGGACGUGGGACGGAAGGCCGCUGACGAUGGCUGCUACCUUUGAGGAUUGUCUUUACGCGCUGUGUGUGGUGGACACCAUCAAGAAAUCCAACCAGUGUGGAGAGUGGCAGAACAUUGAGGUGAUGACAGAGGAACCCGAGGUCAGCCCGGCUUAUUUAAUCAGCGAGGCCAUGCGGCGGAGUAGGAUGUCGCUUUACUGUUAGCAUCAAGCUUACCUGACCUCAUCUAAUGACCUGUGCUACGUUAAAAAACUGGAGGUGGCAUUGGAAUAGCUUUGGUAUUGUUGGAUCUUUAUUUAUGCAGCUCUUACAUUAAUCACAGGUUUAUUUUAGCGCUAUCAAACCUGUAUAUGCUGUUACAGACAAAGAGGUUACACCACUAUGAUACAGAGGCUUCCUGAAACCCAACCUACAGUGAAAAAAAAAGCAAUGUGAUCAAUAAUCAAACAUUUAUUUAUACGGAAGCCUUUCCUGAAGACUUGAGUCCUUUAAUGUCGAUGCACUUGUAAAUUAAACUGAUUCAUCCAAACAAAAGAUUCAGUCAUGGAGGCAGACGAGGAAUUGAAUACUACUGUUUUCUGCAUCACCAUUACGGUAUUGAGCCUUUCAUAUCUGCUUCUCUUAAAUAACUUGGUCUGGAAGACGAUACCUUACACUGUGGGUCCAAAUGAGGACAGCCAAGGAAGAACGAUGGUCCUCGCAGUUGAAACUGUGCCGCUGCAUUGUUGCUAUAAUCCGAAGUACCUGUUAGUUUUAUCAAGUGAAUGUUCAAGGAAAUAAGUGUGCUUGAUAGCUCCGGUUUUGUCUGGUCGAUAUGCUUUUUCUGUAUGUGUGAAACAAGGGAGUAAAAAAAUCAAUAGUUUGGCUUUAGUUGGGUUUCUCUUAGGGGAAACCUGUCUGGUGUUUGUACGCAAUAAUGUAGGCUGCAGUAAAAACCUUUUCUCCUCCAGCCAGGAGUAAAAGGUUAAAACAGAAUAUGAUAUGCCUUUAUGCAGUUACAGUAGCCUGUGCAACAGUUUGCAAGUCCACUAUCAGUUGCAGUGAUUGUUCCUCUUAUUUAUUUGAUGCAUUUUAUACUAUCAUGAAGCAUGGCUGAAAAUGAAAAAGAGAUGUUGCAAACUGUGUCCACAUCUAUCCAGAGCCUUAUGUGUGGAUAUUUAUCGACUUGCAGUAAUGUGCAGGUUUAAUCAAGGCAUCACAUCCACUUCAGGUCAGUGUCAUUAUGCAUCAAGCAUGCUUUAUAAAGCUUCUUUAAGAUGCAACUUUAAAUACAGGCCUUUCAAUACACGCCACAUGCAAGUUCACUUUGGACACACAAAGUAAGACUGUGAUUGGCUGUCAAUUCAAAGUGUAGUCCAGUAGAUCAUGUGAUAUAUCAGCUCUAAUUUCAGUGUCUUUUAAUGGUUUUAAUGCUGGUUUUGUUCUACGUUUUUCUUUUGUCACCAAAUCUAUCCAAAAGACCAAAACCAACAACAUGGUACUAAAUCUGUUAAUAUUGAUUGGUCCUGAACCGGUAGAUUGGUAUUGAAGAACCUUCAAAGCUGCACCAAUCAAUAUGUUUUAAUGACAAUGGGUCAAACAAGUCUAUUUUAUUUGGUAAGUGUCCUACGUAUUGCUGCACGCACAGAGAUUUAUCGCCACUCUUUAAUAACAGUGGGGAGAAUUGCAAGUCUCUUUUGUCUAUUUUGCUUCCCUCGCGCCAUUUCCAUUAGCUUCAUAUCAAAUCACAGAAAGUGAACUUAGCUGAAAUUUAAAUUCAAGACAGUCUAAAGUUAAGAAAACACUGAGAUUACAGUCUAACUGAGGGCAGUUUAUUCAACACAUGUAAUCACAGGAUCACAGACUCUUCAUGUAAGUGAUAGCCAACUGUUGCUAACAUUAGCAGAGCUUGCAGAACCAGCCUUCAGUCUUCCUUGUAGGUUAACGUCUACAUGCCUGUUCUGGUUAUGCAUUGCUCUGUGCGAAUGGUUAUAUUUCUAGAUAAAAACAAACAACGCUGUGCUACGAGAUGCUUCACUCAUCUGUGCUGGUUUACAUCCGGGUAGUAGAGCAUUAUAGUGUUAUGGCAGCAGCAUAUGACCAACAGUUCAGGCCUACAAAAUUAGUACUUAUUUGUUUAACCAAUUCUGUUGCUGACUUGUGAGGGAGACGAUGUUCAGUCGACACAUCUCAAAUGCAAAUUGACAUUUCUUUAAUAAACAAAGACAAAAAUACAUAGCUCACAUUUUAACAACACAAACAGCUCUGUAACGAUGAUCUUUUAUUACUUAUACCGGGGGGAAAGUGCAUUUUUAACUGUUGACUAAUUCACAUUUGGUGCUGAAGUAAGAAGACAACACCCUUUUUCUUUAGGGUAUUAUUAUGUUGCAACAGGAUUCAAUUAGCAGAGAACAGUAGUACAGAGAUGAUGAAGAGUUACAAAAACAAAAGGUGGGACUUGAGAAGGGAUUUGACACAAGCAUUACAGUUUUAUUGUGAUCCCUGUUGAUAUUUGGAGUGAUUUUAUGAUUUGAGACGCAUACAAAAAUCCUUUGCCUCUCAUUUUUUAGUUGCAGUAAAUCCAACUAUUCUUUGUUUUUCCUUCCAAUAACAACAGAAAACAAACCAUCCAAAAUUAUUUGCAAAAAAAAGCUUGAUUUAAAGUUUAUCACAGGUGAGAGGGGAGCACUGACCUACAAGCCAAAACGUUGUUUUUUUUAUGCACCUCUGUUCCCCUGUGUGGUUUCCAGUUCUUCAACUGUGCUGAAAUACUAUCUAUGUAACGACUACUGAAAAUGUACAUAUGGAAAUAUUAUAAAACAUCAAUAUGUGUUUGUCUAAAGAAAAAAACAAGUACUGUAUGCUUUUUAUUUGUAAAAACCAAGGACGUUGAACAAUGA